AAAUGGAAGUGCUUUAUUUAAUUUUGUCGUUUUUUAUUUUAAAAACAUAUGCAAUAGCUAUUAAAGGGCCCAGUAUGACCAGAUACGACCCAUGUGGUCUAGGAGCUAUAUAUUUUGAUAAAUUGUUCAAUUCUUUGUGGAAAGGAGUAGUACAUCUUAGUAUGUAUGAUAAUUUGCAAUAUGCUGAAUUGUCGUUGACGUUUGAAAAGCCUUUCAAAAUACAUUGGGAAGCGCAGAAUGGAACAUUACUAAUCAAAAGCGACGAGAGAGAAUAUUUCUUUAAGUCUAUCGGAAUGCCACCGAACAGAAUAUCAUUUUACCUAACGCCAGUAGAAAAUGUAGUGGACGUGCCUAUUGUGGCUGAGUUCAAAUUGAAUAAUGUUACACUCUGCAAUGACGCUCUUAAGGCAACAGAGCAGACAAUAGAAUCAUUAGAUGUGUCAGUGACGUCAGCAACUUCUAGGCAAUUGUGCGGAAGACGAGCACUUGCCCACGCUGAAAUAUUGAAAGUGAACACUAUUUCCAAAGCUGGCGACUGGCCGUGGCAUGUCGCUUUGUUUUUGAAAACAUCACAAGGCAUAAACUUAACCAUGUACAACUGUGGGGGCAGCGUUAUAUCCAGAACUGCAGUACUGACAGCGGGGCAUUGCUUGUUCAUAGGAAAUAAUCAAGUUGAAACUUCAACAAUAAUAAUUGCAGCAGGUGUGAAUAAUGUAAAAGAUUUAAAUCAAACAGGGCUACAACUUUUACCGGCAUUACAAGUGAUUCUUCACCCUUCUUUUCGAUAUGAGCAGACAACGGCAGACUUAGCAAUCGUUAGAGUGAAUAAAUUUGUUUACACAGAAUUUGUACAACCGAUAUGCAUUUGGGGACCAGUCUACGACAAGGAAUCGCUUUUUGAAUCAACUGCUAUUGUAACUGGAUUCGGUAGAACAGAACAAAACCAACUAUCAGACAUGCUGAGGUCUGCUUACACAACAGUGCAAAACGACUCGACUUGUAUUUCUGUAGCACCAGAAUUAUAUUCAAGUUUGCUCAAUGAGUUCACCUUCUGUGCGGGUCUUGGCCCUGACGCUGGAAUUAAUCAACUGAAUGGAGACAGCGGUGGUGGCUUAGUAUUACCUAUCAUGCAAGUAGACCACAAAAUGAGCUGGUUCCUUCGAGGAGUGCUGUCUAAAUGUUUUGUGCCAGCUGGUGCUAAAUCUUGUGAUCCUGGAUACUAUGACAUAUAUGUAGAUGUGGGACCGCACUACGGCUGGAUAUACCACAACUCAGGACUCUAUUACACUAGUAAUAUUGUCACGUGAAUAUAUUAUAGUAGAUAAGGUUACGUAAGAGUAGGGCAGUACAAAAAGAGGCAGUCAUUAUGCCAGAAUUGUUUUUGAUGUCAGUAGGUAACGGAACUCAAAAUGGCUGGACUGAAUUUUAAAUAAUUUUCAUACUACUCUCAAUUUAAAACGGCGAAUAAUUUGGUCAUUAGUCAGCGAUUGGAUUGAAAAAAAAAAUUUUUUUGACCAAGUAUCUGUUUAUAUAUAAAUGUAUAAAUGCAUUACGGAGAGCGUUUCAUAGAUUAAUCAAAUUAUCGUCAAUUUAUUUCGAUAUGAUUGUGAGGUUCAGUAAAGGAAUUUUCAUAAACUAUGCAGUACACAGAAAUAAGUUAUAUAUUAUUAUAAAUUCUAUAUUUAUAAGUCUUAUUAUAAUUUUUACAAGUAUGUUUUUAUUGUUCUUUAAUAUAUAAACGCGUCACAGUGAAGCAUCGGCGAAUUAGUGAGUCUAAAAAAUAAAAAUACAUUGUAAAAUAACCUAGUUUACACUGUACAGUCAAUCUAAGCUAAGUAUUAAGUAGAAUACUAAGUAUAUAAAUAAUUAAGUAAUAAAUGAUUCGGAAUACUC